AUGGAAUCAGAUAACUUAUCCGUAAACAAUUCUCCAAAAGAAAAAUCACCAAUCCAAAAUUUUUCUAAAGAUGAGUUAGAAGAAAGAAUUAUUGAAACUGAUAAGAAAAUUAAAAAAUUACAAUUUGAAAAAAGUAAAUAUGAAAAAGAAUUAAUGAAGCAAAGAGAAGAAGAACACGUUAUAAGAAGGAGUAAAGCAGAAAAUAGACUUAAAAGAAAAUUGAAAUAUUUUGAACAAAUUAAAAAAUACAAAAGAUAA